AUGAUGGGGACCAUUAAAAAGUGUGUCGUAGAAGCGACAUCGUCGAUAUUAAGAUUCCUCUGGUUUAUCCUAACUGUAGCUGCCUUCGCUGGUGCUACGUACUGCGCUUUAAAUCAACUCACUCGUUACAUUUCUGAACCUGUGGUAGUUUCCUUACAACGGGACUACCGCAGUUGGACCACAGCGUUCCCAGCCGUUACUGUAUGCUAUUUGGAAAGAGUCGAUGGGAAUAAGGCAAGGGAGUUCAUAUCAAGGAAAUGGAAUAUAACAGAAGAAUCUGAUCAAGACAAGUACCAGUACUAUUAUGAAUUCAUCGAACUAAUAGCUGAAGUGUCAUUUAGGAGAAACUUGCAAAAUUUUUGGAAAUAUCAAAAUGAUGAUUCUGUCAACGAUAUUGAUUUACUAAAUCUGGCGCUCUAUUUGCAUCCUAAAUAUCCUAUGGAAACUAUCACUUCGGAUGAAAGGAAUGUGCAAUGGGUUCAAGUGAUGACAGAAGAAGGUUUAUGCCAGACCUUUAAUGGACAAUAUGCGCAACAUCAGAAAACAGACAACAAAUCUUGGAAACCUCUUGAUUUGAUGACUUGCCACUACCACAGCGAGACCUGUUACGUGACGAUAAGUUCUAUGACGUACGCUGCUAGAUAUUUCAUACACUCGCCGUUCGACAUCGCCACUGCUAUAUCUAACCCUACUGGAGAUGUUUUUUCUGGAGAUAAAUUAGUCACUGACUUUAAGGUAGUGGAAAUCGAAGCCGCAGACAGUAUAGAAGGAUUGACAGCUGAACAACGAAGAUGUAAAUAUCCAAAUGAGUGGCUCGACAAAUCUAUAAAAGCUUACAGCUUUGGUUUAUGUAUGAUGCAUUGUCGCACUCGGUUGGCGAUCAUGUUUUGUGGGUGUCGUCCCUAUUUCCAUGUUAAAGGUGCGAGGGUAUGCGAGAGUUUCAGGCCCCGUGGUAUUUUGUUGAGGGUUCCAAACAGCAUACGAGUCAUGAAGACA